CGCUGCCGGGUUAACCCUCCCCCUGCAGCCACAAUAACAGGGCGGCGCUGAGCACAGAAACCAUUGCAAAUAUGGGUCCCCGGCGGAAAAAUGUGAAGCCAUGCUCAGUGAACAGGGAAGGCUCUGAGUCUACCAAAGCUGAUGAGCCAAAAGAUUACAUGAACCAACUCUCUCAUGAAGUGCUUUGUCACAUCUUUAGGUACCUUCCCUUGCAGGAUAUCAUGUGCAUGGAAUGCCUGUCCCGGAAGCUGAAGGAAGCAGUCACUCUUUAUCUGCGAGUAGUGAAGGUUGUGGAUCUAUGUGCAGGCCGUUGGUGGGAAUACAUGCCCACUGGUUUCACUGAUUCCAGUUUCCUAACGCUGCUGAGGAAGAUGCCAGACAUUGAACAACUUUAUGGUCUUCAUCCCAGGUAUCUUGAAAGACGCAGAGUCCGUGGCCAUGAAGCUUUCAGCAUUCCUGGAGUUUUAGAGGCUUUGCAGGCUUGUCCAAAUCUUCUGGGUGUUGAGACCUCUCAUUUAGAGCUGGUGGAAGCUAUUUGGACAUACAUGCCACAAGUUCACAUUUUAGGGAAGUUUCGUAAUCGUAAUGGUGCUUUUCCAAUUCCUCCUGAGAACAAGCUGAAAAUUCCUAUAGGAGCUAAAAUUCAGACUUUGCACUUAGUAGGGGUGAAUGUCCCUGAGAUUCCUUGUAUCCCAAUGCUGAGGCACCUUUAUUUGAAGUGGGUGAGGCUCACCAAACCACAGCCUUUUAAAGAUUUCCUUUGUAUCAGCUUACGUGCUUUUGUCAUGAGGAACUGUGCUGGACCCACAAAUUCUCUGAAGUAUGUUCCUCUAGUGACAGGCCUGGCAUCUGCUCGAAAUUUGGAGCAUUUAGAGCUGGUCCGUGUUCCAUUUCUUGGAGGACUCAUCCAGCACGUGGUAGAAGAUAGCUGGAGAUCAGGUGGUUUUAGGAAUUUGCACACUAUAGUUCUGGGAGCUUGCAAGAAUGCACUUGAAGUGGAUCUUGGCUACCUCAUCAUAACUGCUGCACGAAGGUUGCAUGAAGUGCGGAUCCAGCCUUCCUUGACCAAAGAUGGUGUUUUUUCUGCUUUGAAGAUGGCUGAACUGGAAUUUCCACAGUUUGAAACUCUUCAUCUAGGAUAUGUAGAUGAGUUUUUACUACAGUGUAAAAUGACCAAUGGAGACUUAGUGAAGUAUGGCUUGGCAGAUGUGGUUGAAAAUCCGGGGAUUAUUACAGAUAUUGGUAUGAAGGCUGUAAAUGAAGUUUUCUCUUGCAUCAAAUAUCUGGUUAUUUACAACUGCCCACAUCUACAUAACCCAAAUAAUUGGAUCACAGAUCAUUCAAGGUGGACCCGACUGGUUGAUCUCACCCUGGUGCGAUGCCAUGCGAUAAAGCUAGAUUCUUUUAGUCAGUUCAUUGAGUUAUUGCCAAGCUUAGAAUUUAUUUCUCUGGACCAGAUGUUCCGUGAACCUCCUAAGGGUUGUGCUCGUGUGGGCCUAAGUGCAGGUACAGGAAUUGGUGUCUCAUCUGCCCUAGUCAGCAAUCAGAACUCUAACAAUGACAAUGACAACAACAACAAUCACCAGAAUAACAAUAAUCCAAACAUCCACCACAACAAUCACCAGCACCCAAAUGAUCAGAAUGAGGAGAAUGAGCUGCGGCAAGAUGGUCAAGUGGAAGAGCAGCAGAUUGCAGCUGAGGCACUGAAUGAGAUGGAGGAGGUGGCACAGGAAGAAGGGGUGGCGGCUGGGCAGGGCCCGAGUGAGCUCCCAAUUCACAGUCAGGCUGUUGUUCCUAUGGAGAUUGAUGAAGAGCAAGCAGGACCAAGUGGCAUUCAGCCUGUUGUAAAAGCAGCACCUAUUACAGUCCAUGAUUCAGACAGUGAGGAUGAGGAAGAAAACAUAGGGACUUCAAGAGCUUGCAUCUCUAACAGCAUUGCACAGAAUUAUUCUGAUGGAGAAGAGAAAAGCAGAGAUCCAGUGGAAACUAGAGAAACUUCAGUGAGUGGUAAAGGCAAGACACCAUUGCGGAAGAGAUGUAGUGCCAGCCAAGUGGGCCAGGCAAAGCAGUUACAUACUGAGGAAAGCAGCUGUGAAAAAGGUUGUCAAGUAACAAGUGAGCAGAUUAAAGCAGACAUGAAAGCAGCAAGUGACAUGCCUGAAAGGAACAAAAGCAAAGAUUCUUACCCAGUUUGCAGUAAUGCUACAGGAUCAACAGGAGCAUCCAGCUCUUGCAGUGCUGUUUCUCCUAGCCCUGACUCUGCACAGACAGCUAAUAGCCACUCUGCUGACACCAGUCCAGCAACUGGAGAUGAAUCCAGGCAGUGUGCCUGCUCACCUUGUAAAAGUGAAGAUUCCAGCGACAGAGAGACUGAGGAGAACUAUGUUUGUUCCAGGUGUACCUGCUACAAGCCACGGGAUGCACAACAGAGGACUAGAAGGUGUUGCGAUGGGGAAUGCCCAUCCACAAGUGGAAUUUGCAGGAAUGGACCAAACAGCACUGGAUCAGAUUUUGCACUUAGGACUCUGCCAAACUGUAGGCCUCUGGGAGAGACAAGUGGUGAGAGGACUAGUGGGAGUGCCUGUGAGACUGCUGCUGAGGGGGAGAGCACAGGCUCACAGCAAAGGAGCUGUGAGAUGGAGUAUAAAGAAGAGUACCCUCGCCGACCACUAACAAGAGCUAGAAGCAGGCUGUCCCAUGUCCCUCUGGUGUCAGAGUCAGAGGUGGCUAAGCCAAAGCUGCGGCAAACCACAAAGCGGAAAAGGACAGCUGACAAGUCCACAAGUACAAGUGACCCGGUUAUUGAAGAUGAUCAUGUUCAAGUUCUGACUUUGAAAUCCAAAAACCUUGUUGGAAUCACCUUGACCAAUUGUGGCAUAACAGAUUUGGUCCUGAAAGACUGCCCUAAAAUGAUGUUCAUACAUGCUACCCGAUGCCGUGUAUUGAAACACUUAAAAGUAGAAAAUGCACCAGUUGUCAAUCGGUUUGACUAUGCCCAGUGCAAGAAGUUAAACAUGGAUCAGGUACUAGAUCAGAUUCUCAGGAUGCCACCAGAAAGAAACCGGAUCAUUUAUCUUCGUCCAAUGCAGCAGGUUGACACGCUGACUCUGGAGCAAAAGAUAUUUAGUGGCCCUUACCCAUACCACAUCUGCAUAAUUCAUGAAUUCAGUAACCCACCCAAUGUCCGCAAUAAGGUGCGCAUUCGGAGCUGGAUGGACACAAUAGCAAAUAUCAACCAAGAGCUUAUUAAAUAUGAGUUCUUUCCUGAAGCUACACGAACUGAUGAAGACCUGAAGAAAUACACUAAGUACCCUUGGGGACGAGAUAUUUACACUCUAGAAGGUAUUGUGGAUGGUGCCCCUUACUCCAUGAUUACUGAUUUCCCAUGGUUAAGAUCGCUGAGAACAGCAGAGCCAAACAGCUAUGCUAGAUAUGACUUUGAGGAUGAUGAGAGAAUUUUCUAAUUCUUAUGAACUGUCUGGUGCUUAGCCUGAAAAUGUGACGGGUUUGUCAAAUCCAGAAGAAUGCGUGCAUUUAAAAUACAGACAAUGCUAAGGUGAUGUGUAGUCCCAGCAAUUCAUGUUCUGUGGAGUUUUCUGGCAUUAAAGGUUAGCUGGACUACAGCCUCUGACUUGGCUUUGGGAAAGGUUGUUACGAUGGGCUGAAGAGAGUCCAGCAAAGAGAACUGAGAUUCAGAAACUCGUGAGAAACGAGGGAGGAACUCUGGAAACAGAAAUUAUGUGGGUUUAGGAUAGAUACACUUCUUUUCUAUUUUGGAGCUUGUCUUAUUAUAGUGGGCAGUUGCUAGGACUCAAUGAAGAACCUUGCUUGGUAGCAGGGAAAAUAUGUUCUUCCACUACUUUAAUUAGGAAAUCCUGGAAACUCCUUCAUUAGAGGUAUUUUUAAUUGUCAUAGUUUUGGCUCCUGUUUUUAGCUCCAGUUCAAGGGAAUGAAGCUCAAGAGAAUGAGAAAGAAGUCUUUUUUGGCUAUACAUUUCUCUGAUCUUUUGUUUGUUUUUUGUUUCUUUGUCUUGUUUUUAUUUAAUUUGGAACUGAUUCAUAGACUUAAUUUGAAACUUAUCUGAAACAGACUUUAUUUGAAACUGAUUCAUAGACUCAGUAUGUAGUGUGAGUUAUAAAAAUGGAUCUGUAUUUCAUUUAAAAGAAUAAAUAGAUUAAAUAUGAUGCUAAAGCCAUAACGAAAAAAAGGACUGUUACUUUAUCUUAAUUCCUCUUGUUUAUAUAACAUUGAAGUGAUCACUGGUAACCUGAAAGUACAUCAGACUUAUUUCAGAGGGAAGGCUUUGUUACACGCUGGGGUUUCCUUCACUCGCAGGCAUACGAAUUUUGUGUACAUUAGAUCAGUAUUGAACUAUCAAAAAGUUUAAAUAUGGGGGAUGCAGGAUUCCUUUUCUGUUUGAGUAAUAUUCCUUAAAUGUGGUUGCUCAAUGAAAGAUUUUUCUCUUUGCUUUGUUUUCCAAGACUUACCUCAUUUAAUGCAAAACAGACUCACUUGUGAAUUUUGUUACAGGGAAGAUUCUAUUUUUUUUUU